AGUCGCCGCGGCCACCGGAAGCCGGCUCUUUCUCUUCCUUUCCGGUGGCGGAGGCUCCUCGCGUCAUGGCGUUGUUUGAGCAGAUGAGGGCCAACGUGGGCAAAUUAUUGCGGGGAAUCGACCGGUACAACCCCGAGAACCUGGCGACGUUGGAGCGUUACGUGGAGACGCAGGCUAAGGAGAAUGCCUACGAUCUGGAGGCCAACCUGGCUGUGCUGAAGCUGUACCAGUUCAACCCCGCCUUCUUCCAGACCACGGUGACAGCGCAGAUCCUGCUCAAGGCCCUCACCAACCUCCCCCACACCGACUUCACCCUUUGCAAGUGCAUGAUCGACCAGGCCCACCAGGAGGAACGGCCCAUCCGGCAGAUCCUUUACCUGGGGGAGCUGCUGGAGACUUGUCAUUUCCAAUCGUUCUGGGUGAGUCUU